AUGGCACUGAACAAAUAUGGGGUGAAACAAAAAGUAGCAACCCCAUAUCAUCCCCAAAAAAGUGGCAAAGUCGAAGUGUCAAAUCGGGAAAUAAAAAGUAUCUUGGCAAAGACAGUAAAUGCCAACAUAACUUACUGGUCUAGGAAACUCGAUGAUGCACUAUGGGCAUAUCGGACAGCUUACAAAACACCUAUUGGUAUGUCUCCAUAUCAUUUGGUUUAUGGUAAGGCUUGUCAUUUGCCCGUCGAGUUAGAACACAAAGCAUUGUGGGCAUUGAAAGAUUUAAAUUUGGACUGGUUAAAAACCUCAAGGGAGAGAGUAGAGCAGCUGAACGAACUGGAUGAAUUUAGACUCAGAUCGUAUAAAAGUUCAGCCAUCUACAAAGAGAAGAUGAAGGAAUGGCAUGAUGCUUGA